AUGAAUUCAUUAUGUGAAAUAUCAUGGAAGAAAGGGGCUUUAAUUCAUUGCAAUAAAAUACUAUUACAUCAUAAUAAUAAUAAUAUAAGUAAGAAUUGUACAAGAUUGAUAGGUCAAGUCAGAAAUUGUUAUGGUUAUAAUAAGAAUAUUAAUAUAUUAAAUGGACAAAAAUAUAUAAAUCGAAAAAAUCCUAGAAUAGGUAUAUUUUAUGAAAAUCGAUAUAAUUAUUAUACAAGUAGUGAUAAUAAAAAAAAUUAUAAAAAAAUAUGGAAUAAUUUAGGAUUUAUAAUAAUACCACAACAAACAGCAUAUAUAAUUGAAAGGUUAGGAAAAUAUAAAAAAACAUUAUUAGGAGGAAUUCAUUUUCUUGUACCUUUUAUUGAUAAAGUAGCUUAUGUAUUUUCAUUAAAAGAAGAAACUAUUACUAUACCAAAUCAAACAGCUAUAACAAAAGAUAAUGUUACACUAAAUAUUGAUGGUGUAUUAUAUAUAAAAUGUGAAAACCCUUAUUAUGCUUCUUAUGCUAUUGAUGAUGCAAUUUUUGCUGUUACCCAAUUAGCACAAGUUACUAUGAGAACCGAAUUAGGGAAACUUACUUUAGAUACAACAUUUUUAGAACGAGAUAAUUUAAAUGAAAAAAUAGUUAAAGCUAUUAAUGAAUCAUCAAAAAAUUGGGGUAUAAAAUGUAUGAGAUAUGAGAUUCGUGAUAUUAUAUUGCCUGUUAAUAUAAAAAAUGCAAUGGAAAAACAAGCAGAAGCUGAAAGACGAAAAAGAGCUGAAAUAUUACAAAGUGAAGGAGAGAGAGAAAGUGAAAUAAAUAUUGCUAUUGGAAAAAAAAAAAAAUCAAUUUUAGUUGCAGAAGGGCAAGCAUUUGCUAUAAAAGCAAAAGCAGAUGCAACAGCAGAAGCUAUAGAUAUUAUUGCAAAUAAAAUUAAAAAACUAGAUUCACAUAAUGCUAUUGCAUUACAUAUAGCUGAACAAUAUAUUGAAGCUUUUUCAAAUAUUUGUAAAAAUAAUAACACAGUGGUUAUUCCUGCUGAUUUAAAUAAUGUUGGUGGUUUAAUAUCUCAGUCUUUGUCUAUAUAUAACAAUAUUAAAAAAUCACAAAAAAAAGAACCAGAUCAAAUGCAAACAAAUGAUUAUUCAGGUGAAAAUGUAUUAUUACAAUCAGAUGAUAGAAUUAAUGAUAGUUAA